UAAUUGGUCUUACUCGGUCGAAAAGAAGACUUCUGCGUCUUGGGUAUGCCCCCUGCCUUGCCCCCUUUCUCGCCUCUCUUUCCUUGCCACUUCGCACCCUCUUCUCAGCUUCAGCUUCUCUUUACCAAACAUCCAUUCUGAGCCAAAGCACAUCAUGAGUGCUAUCCCCACAUACUCCUACCCGUGCAUUGCACCCGCUCCCUCACAAAAUUCCAUUUACCUUGCCGGAGUCCCAGCCUCGAACGAGGGCCGUCUGGAGAUUUACAGCGUUAACCUUGCCAACAUUACCUCGCCCGCUGCCACCUUUGUCGGUAACCAGACCAGCUCGUUGUUCUGGAGCAGCUCUGCACCAAAGACUUGUUUCUCCUAUGAAGGAAACAUGGCCUCUAGCAGUAGUCCGAUGUUCAUCCAGCAGUUCGGGCCAAAGACCUAUUUUACCAACGUUUACUCGAAUGGUGCCAUCGAUAUCCCCGCCAACUUCCCUACCAUUGGACUCGUCUCCAACAGACUAUUCUCGCUCUCGGGAGCAGUUGGCAAUCUGAAUUGGAUCACAGGAGUCACAAAUACCACCAACCCUGACACCAAAUCGGCUUGGUCGGGCUUCCGAUACAAUGCAACGGCCAUCGUUAGUAGCUCACGAGACUUUGUCCUGUCCAACUACCCAACAUCUAACCCCUUGUUGAGCGUGGGCGCAUAUGUUGCGUCAACUAAUACGCCCGCCCAAGGAUUCCAUGUUGUGUUCGACAAAAACGGCAGCGGAUGGAUUUUCACGACCUUGGACUCGGCAUCGCCGAUUAAUUCAAACCAGGACCGCAUCCUGUCGCUUUCGAGUCCCCAGACCGUGGACAUGGACGGAAUCACUUUGACAAACAGUGCCUUUUCCCUCACGAUGAUAGGCGUUGGCUAUAUCCUAGAUAAGGCUUCUGACGGUUCUACACUGCUGUACUCUAUCAACCCUGUCCAGUCCAGAUUGCAGCGCGUGUCGAUUCCAGGCAAUGUUCCUCCCUUUGCCUCCAACAUGGUGGCCACAGCCGUCGGCAGCCAGAUUGUAACCUACGGCUCCGCCGCUAACGGCGCAGUAGUCUUCAAUAGCUUCGAUACCGUGGCAGGAGUCUGGAGCGGACCAGGUCUUGUCAAACCAACUAAUCCUCAGCCCUCUAACACUUCGCCUGGUGGUUCCAGCCAAGCCCCCAUUGGAGCCAUUAUUGGCGGCGUGGUCGGGGGUUUAGCUGUAAUUGCCCUGAUCGCAUUCCUUUUCAUUCGUCAUCGCCGCAAAUCGUCUGCAAAGCCCGUACCCAAUGCUGCGUACCAGGACCCUUGUAAGACCCACAAUCCUGUUGCGAUGCCCUUGAUGGACCAGAACUAUGUCCUUCAGCAGCAACAGGACGCCAUGGCUCAGAAUCAGCAAUUGCAGUACCAGCAGCAGCAGUACAACCCACACCAAGCGUAUGUCCCCCAGCAGCAGGAUAUCUACGCUGCGCAGCCUAUUACGGUCUCACACCAACAGACGCCUCCAGUAAUCUUCCAACCCCAGGCUCAACCCCAGGCUCAGGAGCCAUACAACUACGUGCCACCAACAUUUGUGCCCACAUCCCAGGCCCAGCAGCCAACCAUUUUCCAGCCCCAUACCUCAGAAAUCAGCCCUCACCACAGCUAUAGCCAAGCGAUCUAUGCUCCUCCGACGAGCGCCUCCACUCCCCAGACCCCUGUUAGUCAAGCCUAUACCCCGACGCACUCUAGCUAUACCCCAGCCAAUCCUCAGUAUAUUGCUCCGUCCAACGGUGAUGGCUAUGCUGCAUAGUGGUCGGCAGAGAUUCUUUUUAUGUUUUUAUUUUUUUAUUUAUUUUCAACGCUGAUAGCGAUAUCCACCCAUAAUAAAUAAUGGCCCGACUCAAUUCAAGGGAGAUAAAAAUUUACAAUUUAUAUUGCAUGGAUUU